AUGUCCAUGGUCAACGCCUCUAGAGGGAACAAUCCCAGCCGGAAUCAGCCCCGAAGCACCACGCCCUUCAAUAAUGGCCCUGCCAUCGCGAGUUCCGGCAUCCCUCGCCCUGUUCUAGAUGCCCAGCAGCAGCCAAACGAGUCCAGCUCUGCCAGUCUCAGCGCGAGCAGACAGAAACAAUCUAAGCGCGAUGAGGCGAUCCGCAGGAAACUGGAGAGCGACCUCUCCAAAAAGAAGACUCUCACGGGCCGAUCACGACAGAUUCGCAGAGCCCCUCCCGGAACUGUGCUCGCCCUCAAGCCCAGCCAGGCUCUCCAGAUCAAGCCUGCCACCACGGUCUCCGAGGCUGCUCAGCUGAUGGCUGCGAAGAGGGAGGACUGCGUGCUGGUGACCGACGAUGAGGACCGGAUUGCUGGCAUCUUCACGGCCAAGGAUCUUGCGUUUCGCGUGGUCGGGGCUGGGCUCAAGGCUGCCAACGUCACGAUUGCUGAAAUCAUGACCAAGAACCCCCUCUGUGCCAGGACCGACACGAGCGCCACAGAUGCGUUGGACCUGAUGGUUCGCAAGGGCUUCCGCCACCUGCCUGUCAUGGAUGAGAACCAGGAUAUCUCGGGUGUGCUGGAUAUCACAAAGUGCUUCUAUGACGCCAUGGAGAAGCUGGAGCGCGCAUACUCUUCCUCGAGGAAGCUGUACGACGCUCUCGAGGGAGUGCAGUCCGAGUUGGGCGCCAGCCAGCCUCAGCAGAUUAUCCAGUAUGUGGAGGCUCUCCGAUCCAAGAUGUCUGGGCCCACACUCGAGUCCGUGUUGAACGGCAUCCCGCCGACCACGGUGAGCGUCCGGACCUCGGUCAAAGAGGCUGCGGCCAUGAUGAAGGAAAACCACACCACUGCGGUGCUCGUGCAGGACCAGGGGGCCAUUACGGGCAUUUUUACGAGCAAGGACGUCGUUCUUCGUGUCAUUGCUCCAGGCCUCGACCCGGCCAAUUGCAGCGUCGUGCGUGUCAUGACCCCUCACCCCGAUUUUGCCCCAAUGGACAUGACCAUUCAGGCUGCCCUGCGAAAGAUGCAUGAUGGCCAUUAUCUCAACCUUCCCGUCAUGAACGACGGCGGUGAGAUUGUGGGAAUGGUGGACGUGCUCAAGCUGACUUAUGCUACGCUGGAGCAAAUCAACACCAUGUCGAGUGACAAUGGCGAGGGCCCGGCGUGGAACAAGUUUUGGCUCUCCAUCGACCACGAGACGGAGUCGAUGGUGUCUGGCGACGGCAGCCACAGCCAUCACCACGCUCACCACACCCGCAUGAUGUCGCCCGAGGCGAACCGCCUUGGAGACAGCGUCGCCCCCAACGACUCUGCAUCGCACAUCGGACUGGAUUCGCCUCCUCACUCCAUCGCCCCCGAGGUGACGACCGCCGACGUUCCGUUCGCCUUCAAAUUCAAGGCACCUUCGGGACGUGUUCACCGGCUGCAGGUGGUUGCAUCGCAAGGCAUAGAAUCGUUUGUGCAUGCCGUUGCAUCCAAGCUCGGAAGUGAACUCGACAGCAUCGGAGGCAUGCCGGAUGUUCUGGAGGGCAGAAUCGACGGUGCUGGGUUUGCCCUUAGCUACAUGGACAACGAGGGUGACACCGUGUCCAUCACCACCGAUAACGAUCUCCUGGAGGCCAUCCUCUUGGCCCGCCAGGCACAUCUCGACAAGGUCGAUCUCUUUGUCCACGACUCAGAGAGGCCGCCCUCAGCACCCUCGUUGGACACCCUGCCAACCCCAGUUUCGUCAUCCACCGGCCUUCGUGAACGCCGGAGAGCCUACGACGACGAGGAAUCAGAGAGCGAGGAGGAGGAAUCCGAGGAGGAGGAGGAGCAGCGGCCCACGCGCCGUUCGCGGAGGACAAGGACGGUUGUCCACCAGGAGCAGAUUAUUGCCGGCGUACCCAACGACCUGCUGCUGCCCGGAGCCAUUGUCACCCUCGCGGUGGUUAUAAUCGGAGUGUUUACUAUUGCCAGAGCGACUAGCCGGUCGGACGACAGCUGGAGCAAAACGAACGCCGCCAUGAAUGUUCAGAGCGCCGCUGUGCGGCAUGGCCGCCGCGCACUGGCGUCUCCCUUGCCACGAGCCGUUCUGCGACAACUCUCGACCGAAGUCAGGACGGCGACAGCUUCGACCUCGACCUCGACCUCCAAUGGCCCUGCUCAGGCAUGGCCGGCCCCUCAGUCAGCCUCUGCGCCUCCCAAGAUUGUGUCAUCGGCCAAGAAGAAGCAAAAGAUUGUCGAGGAGGUCAUCAUGACGCUCGGAGCCAACUCUUCGCAGGAGCACCACGGAGCAGCCUGGAGCAAGCCGCAUCAGAGGGGCAAGCAGACUUUGACCCCCGCGCAGCAGUAUGCCGAGUUCCAGAGGAUCCAGAAGAACACGAGAAGCCUUGGCUCAAAGCUCGAGAAGCGCUACGUGCCCACGGAAAUCAUCAGCAACCCACCCCGGCCGGAGGACGUUACGCUGGAGCUGCUGAUGGCGUCGCAGACACACAUGGGCCACAACACUUCACUAUGGAAUCCGGCAAACUCCCGGUACAUCUACGGAGUGCGACAGGGGAUUCACAUCAUUUCUCUCGAGACAACUGCGGCGCAUCUUCGACGAGCGGCCCGAGUGGUUGAGGAGGUGGCCUAUCGUGGGGGUGUCAUUCUCUUUGUUGGCACUCGCAAGGGCCAGAUGGAGAUUGUGACAAAGGCAUCUGAGCUAGCAGGCGCCUAUCAUCUGUUCACAAAGUGGAUUCCCGGUUCCAUCACCAACCGAGAUGUCAUCCUCAGGACCCAGGGCAUGAAGGUUGUGGACCACCUAGACAAGGAACUGGAUGGAUUCGACAUGUUCAAGGGUACGGCGAGACCGAUACUGCCAGACUUGGUGAUUUGCCUCAAUCCUCUGGAGAAUUACACGCUGUUAUACGAGUGUGGCUUGAAGAACAUUCCCACGAUUGGAGUCAUUGACACAAACACUGAUCCUUCAUGGGUCACAUAUACGAUUCCCGCAAACGACGACAGUCUUCGUUCCAUGGCUUUGGUUGCCGGAGUACUUGGUCGAGCCGGAGAAGCUGGUCAGAAGCGACGACUACAAGAUGCCGCUAGCGGUAACAUCUCAUGGAGCACCUCGCCAGAACUCAGCCGCCACAUGAGGAAGGAAGUGCAGGCUGCCGUCCUCAAGAGAAAAGAGGUCAUGGGCCGGAUGCAGGCCAACAUUCAGGGAUUUACGGAUGAGGAGAUGAAGCUGCUGAGGUCACAAUAUCUUGGAGAGCAACAGGACGAGGCGACUGAGGACGACUUGGUCAACUUGAUGGGAGAGACGGUUGCGGCUGAAGCGUCAACGGAAAAGGCGGCGCCCUCGGGGGAGACGGUCGGCGCGCGUCUGGGCAGCAUCGAAGUGCAGCUGAAGAGCCUGCAGAAGAAUGCUGUUGAGAUGGAGCAAGCUGUGCGAGGAAGUGUAUAA